AUGCGCGCUCCGUCUUCCGCACUCGCGGAGAUCGCGCAGCGCGCGUCCGCGACAUCCCCGGCGGCGAUGAGCAGGCGCGACUCCGCGGAGCAAAACUCGAAGCCCGUUUCUCGGUCAGGCACGCCGGAUCCCCGUUUCGACAAAUCCAACGGCGGAGAUGCGCCGAUACCGUUAUACCACAAACCGCGGGGCAAGCGGGAAGGUCUGAUUUACCGGCUCGUGGCGUUACUGCUACAGCUGCGCCUGUCCUCCGCAUCCCUUGUUCUCUCUGUGCUCGCGAUUCUCCUCGUGUGGUUGGCGCUGGUCGGGCGGAGAGGAACCGACGCAAGUCUGAAAUUUGGCGAUAACUUAUUGGCGGGUAGUGAAGGCAUAGAUGUGAGGCCGACCGUCGCAGGCGUCGCAGGCGACGCGGGAGAGAUGAGGUGGAUGGAGGUGGAGCGGCUCGCGAGGGGCGGCGCGCGAGCGCAGGACCGGUUCGGGUUCGGAAGCCUGAAUGGCGCGCGCGGAGGCGACGGGGGGAGCGGAAAUGUUGAAACGUUCGCAACGAGCGGAGAGGAAGGUACAAGUGAGAAGGAUGAGGCGGGCGAGGUGGUCGGGAGUAGCGGCAUUUCUGCGGUUGACUCCGUUGACUUGGUUGACUUCAAAAACUUGGUUGUGCACGCGGCAAUCGAUCUCCCGGACUUUAUCCUCGUCCUUCUGCGGCCGCUGGCUCCAUCUAACUCGCCAAAAUCCGAAUCCGACGUGGCAGCUGGUUACACGGCCGCUGACGUAGCAGCUGCAGCUGGUAAUCGAUCUUCUGAGGAAGCCUCUAGCGAAAUUCUUAGGAACGCGCGGUUCGGCCGGGCUCGAGUGUCGCAGGAGCAGCUGGAGCGGAUAAAGGGGAUGCAGUGCAGCUUCGGGAAAGGCUCGCUGACUGCUCGCACGCGGGUGCUACAGGUGUCGGCUGAUGGGCUCGACGCUAGGCCGCCGCCCCUGGUGUACGAUGCAGUGACGGUGCGGAGGGGGGAGAGGAAGGGGAGGGAGGGGAGGGAGGGGAGGGGGAGAGGUUAUGAUGGGAUGGAGGAAAAGGUAGAUACAGUAGAAGGGGAAGAGAGGGAGGAGAGGGAGGGGAGGGAGGGCGUGUAUCUGUUUGUGAGGGGCCUACAGACCAACCCGCACCUGCCGCCUGUGCUUGCCAAUGUGACGUGCGUGUUUGGGGCGGAUGGGGGGACAGGGGGGGCUGGCGCAGGAGGAAGCGGCGGCGAGGGGGAAAGGGGCAGUGAGGGGGGAAGUGGCAGUGAGGGGGAAAGUGGCAGUGAGGGGGCGGAGCAGGGGGGGCUGCUGCGAGUGCCUGCGCGGGCUGCUGCUAUGGAGGUGGUGUUCUGCCCUCUGCCUACCUAUGCCGGUGCUGAUGGUGGUACUGCCAACAGCAGCAGCAGCAGCGGCAGCAGCAGCAGGGACGGCACUGGGGUGGGUGCAGCAGGGAAGGUCGCAGAUUUGGCCAUGCGGGCAGUGACGGUGGAGUAUGAGGGGCGGCUGUUCCCGUCUGUAGCGCUCUUUGAUCCCAUUGACCCGUUUGACCAGCCCGAGGCCCCUCACGGAUCCAACAGUCAGCAAGAGGGAGGCGAAGGAUCCAGCGGCCAUGACAGCAACGAUGGGAGCCGGAAUGGUGGCAGUGAUAGUGAUGGGGGGAAACCACACUUUGUGUGCAUGUGCACGAUGAUUUUCAACGUGGGAAAGUUUCUGCGCGAGUGGGUGGUAUACCACCACUGGAUGGGCGUGGAUCGAAUCUUCCUGUAUGAUAACAACAGCGAGGACAACACCACAGCUGUCGUCGCCAGCCUGGCGGCGGACGGCGGCGCUCGGCUGGUUAUGGGCACGCCGGCCGGCCAGGCUGCGGCCACGGUGGUGGCAGAGGCGGCAGGACGGAGUGGGGGAAGGGGAGUAGGAGGGUUGGGAGGGCUGGCAGGUGCGGCUGUGGCUGGAGGAGAGGAGGUGGGGGUUGAGAGGGCCCAGUGGUGGGUGCGGGCGGGGUUUGUUGGCUCCACUCGGAACCAAAGCCUGGCCUCCUCCUCCCCCUUCUCAAUCUCCUCCACUUCCAGCUCCUCCUCCUCCUCCGCCCGUCACUCUCGGCCCUCCACCCCAGUGGUAACCCUACACCCAUGGCCGUGGAUCAAGUCGCAGCAGGCGGGGUUCUCCCACUGUGUGCUGCGGGCAGCGCGGCAGUGCGAGUGGGUGGGCUUCAUAGACGUAGAUGAGUUCGUUGCCCCCAAGUUCAUCGCACAUAUCGCUGAGAGAAGGAAGGACCUGGGGGCCGAGGUGAGGGAGAAAGGGGUGUUUAUUCCGCACCUGCUGAGGAGGGUGGUGAGGGCGAGUGAGAGGGAGAUAGAGGAGGUGGUUGCGCGGAAGGUGAGUGGGGAGGGGGGGAUGGGGAAGGGAGGAGGGGAAGGGGGGAAGGGUGGGAGCAGGCGGAGGAGAAUGGCGGGUGGUGGCAGGCGGGAGGGGGGAGGUGGAGGGGAUGGGGAGGAGAGGCGGAUGGGCGGGGGUGUGAGGGAGAGAGAGGGGGAGGAGGUGCGAGGUGUGGCAGGAGCAGCAGAUGUGGCAGGUGCAAGGGAGAGUGGAGGCGUGGGGGGAGGUGUGGGUAGGAGACUGCUUGCUGUUGGUGAGGGUGAGGGUGAGGGUGAGGGUGAGGGUGAGGGUGGGGAGCUGGAAAAUAGGAGCAAAGGGGCGGAGAGCAAAAACGGAGAGAAGGGCGAGAAGGGCAAGAAGAGGGAAGGCGAAAAACGUGAUGGGAAGCAGGCCAAGAAGAACAAGCAGUCGAAGGAAAAGGAAGAGAAGGAGGAGGAGGAGGACAAGGAGGGGAAGAGGAAAGAGAAGGUGGAGAAAGAGAAGAAAAAGAAGAAGAGCAAGAAGGGGUCUGGCUCUACAGACUCUAAAGGAGAAUGGCAGGAAGGAAGCAGCGACAGCGACAGUAGCAGCGGCAGCGGCAGUGACAGCAGGACAGGAGGCAGCAUGGAGAAUGAGAGCGAGCGAGCAGAGGACGACGUGCGGCCGCUGGGGCAGAUCUCCUUCCCCUGUGUGGACUUCGGCCCCUCAGGCCUCACGGAGCACCCCCAGCAGGGUGUCUCGGUGGGGUACACGUGCCGCGCCCGCAAACCCGACCGCCACAAGUCGUUUGUGCGGCCCGAGGCCGUGGCGGACUCGCUGCUGUGCCUCAUCCACCAGUUUGAGCUGCAUGAGGAGAAAUAUCGAAGUCAAGUGUUUUCGGGGAGGGUGCGACUGGCCAACAUCAACCACUACAAGUUCCAGGUGUGGGAUGAGUUCAAGGCCAAGUAUCGGCGGCGAGUGGCGACAUACACUAAGGACUGGAAGGGGGCGAAGCAAAACAGCAACGAUUUGAUACCUGGGCUGGGGACAGAUGCAGUGCAGCCUCCUGAUUGGGCGGGUCGGUUCUGUGAGCGCAACGACACCGUGUUGAGGGAUUUUGUGAAGCUGGCCUUUGCAGUGGAGGACGGGAAAGGAGGGGAUGGGAGGAACCGGACAUGCUUGGCGGACGCCCGCGAUUGUACUGAGGGGAGAGGCGAGUGUGAUAUAAACGGGGGUAACGGCUACGUGUGUCUGUGCGCGGCGAGCAGGCGGCAUCCGGGCCGCCUCGACUGGUUCGCCUACGACCUCUCCGCGCCUGCGCGCGCGGACGCCCUUCCCCUCGCAUCGGCCGCCUCCGCGUUCUCCGCCGCCUCCGCCGCGGAUUGCGGCGGCAGCAAGGGAACGCGAUGGACGUUCAGCGGAAGCGCCUGUAACGAAUCGCGUCGGAACGCGGAGGGCGCAGGAAGCUCCUGUAGCAGCGGAGGCAGCAGAUUCCGACUGUCAGCAUGUGGACGGUCAGGAUGCGGCGGGCUCUCUGGAUCUAACGGUUACGGAAGGUGGCGCCGGCUGCCGCCCAUCCCGCCGUCCAAUCCGCACGGGUCGCAGCGCUGCCGCCAUUUCUCAGUCGCAGCCAUUCCCGGGUGGGGGCUCGCGAUUGCAGGGGGAGUGGUACUGGGGACGGGAGAGGCGGUCCGCCACGUGUCGCUGUUUGAUUGGCUGGCGGGGCGGUGGGUGCAGGUGCAGCAUGAGGGGUUUUCAGCGCGGUUGGAUCCGGUGGUGGUGUGGGCGGGGGGGAGGCUGUUCGUGGGGGGAGGCGGGGAGAUUGGGGGAAGGUGGAAGGUGGGCGGAAGGGGGAACGUUUGGGGCGCAGGGAUGGGCGGAGUGCAAGGAGAGGGAGGAGUGGAGGGGGAGAGGAUGAGCCCAUCCAUGCCAACAACCAGUGUGAAUGUAACAACCGCACUUCACCCCUCCAUCUCCCCCCGCUCCUGCGACGUCAUCCGUGCUGGUAACCGCGUGUACGCGCGUUACCGCCACCGCCUCACCUGCUUCUCCGAUCACCCCACGUCCCCCUCAGCCGCCCCUGCUACAGCCGGUGCUACAGCUGACGCUACAGCCAGUGCCAGUGGUGCAGGGUGUGUGCUACAGCUCGAUGUGAGGAGUGGGGUGUGGAGUCUCGCCCCCCCAUGCGACCCUAUUCACCGCCUGGCUGCUGCUGGCUUGCUCGCUCUGAUACCAUCAUUGCCUUGUGCACACUCAUGCUCCCCCCAUGCGCUGAUACCACCAUCAGAUUCCAUACACACGCACUACCAUGCCCCCCUGCGGCCGUCACCGUGUGCACGUCACCGGGCAUGUGGCUGGGCGGGCGGCGCUACAGUGGCAGCGGUACAGCAUAGCUUGUCUCUUCUGCUGCUGCAAGGCGAGCCAAACGCCCCUCCCUGCAAACCCCCCUGCACUGCUUGCUCCAAGCGGCAUCAGCGGCAGCUAGAAAACCAGGAAGGCCACGGGAGAAGGGAUGUGUGGCGAGAGGGAGCGUGCGUGUGGGAGAUGGCAGGGGGAGCAGCAGGGGGGGGAGGGGCAGGUGAGAUUCUGUGGGGGGCGCAGUUGAAGCAGGUGGUGGUAGCGGGGGGAAGGCUGUUUGCACUCGUGCUGCUGGUGGACCGAGGCAAGCAUGAGAUGAGGGAGAUGGGCGUGCAUGGGAAGCACGCAGGUGUGGUGGGGCCGGGAAUAGAGCUCCCAGGGGAGGCAUAUGUGGCGCAUGCGGUGGGGCUGUGUCUCUAA